CCUCGACCCGUACGAAGGAAUGACCACCACCACUACUCCGCCUGGGACGUCGCAAACACCUGCGGUCUUCACAAUGUCUCCUGAACUCUUUCCGCCGAGCACAGCGUCGCCAGGUGCUAGUCAGGAGACAAGGCCUACUAAUGUUUCCCUGUGGGAGCUAAACGCCCCAGGGUGGUCUUGACACUACGUUAUCCUUAGAGAGUGAUCUCAAACAUACUUCCUCAGCGAGUUCCACCGUGCAAGGCGCGACGGAAGAUGCUCCCGUUGAUGGAAGGCAGCCAUUCGAUGUCUUAAGAGCCUUCACGAGCACUGAUAAGGAUGUUACGGACGAGAAGCAAGACACAAAGGAUAUUCUCUUACACGUGAACGGAAGUUACGAGGAGGUCGUAGAGCAAGAAAAAGAUAACUCGAGUAUACCUCACUUUCAGGAGGAAAAACUGGUACUGAGUGAACUUGGGGAUGUUAAAAAAACGCAGGAAAUGUCAGAACAUGAGACCACCAUUACGGAUGUGAGAAAUACAACUCGAUAUAUCCAAGGGGGUAACACUGGGCAGGAGGUCAAUAAUAGGAUAAGAAUGACUAUCGCAAACAUCGACACAGACGUAGGUGGAUCCGCAGAACACAAGAACACCACCGUAAAGAAAAACAGCAGAAGGAAGAAUAGGAAUAGAAAGAGGAAAAAGAAAAACAGAAGAAAGAAAACAAAGUCGAGAAAUCAAUCAUUGGUGUCAGUGGGUCGUCGGAGAGGUGAGUUUGAUGAGCCUAACCCCUCGAACAGAACAUCUCUUCAGUUGACGUUGGACGUAGCUAAGUUGAGAUCUGGCAACCUGAAACCUGGCAAAGCUAAGAAGAGCUCCGAUCAGCUGGUAUCUGGCAAAAUAAAGUCGAGGUCUAGUCGUAUACAGUCUAGUGAAGCUAUUGCCAGGUCUGAUAAAGUUAGGCAUCUGGAAAAGCUAAGAAGAAUUCUGGUCAGAUGGUGUUUGAAAAAGCUACGGUGACCCCCAGCGCUGAAGAACUGUUCUUCGCCGAGUUUCUUGUUCAACAAGAACAGCGGAAGAGUUAUCACGAUAUUCUCGCCAUCGACUACCGUCCCCGUGCACCCAUCUUCUGCUGUGUUUCUGGCGUAGGAGUGGGCGUGAGUGCCGGUUCUUCCGCAGUGUGGGUGCUGGUUGGAGUGGUGUACGGAGCCGCGGGCGUGCUGCAGGUGAUUGCGGGUGUGGCGUCGCUGGCUCUGCACGCCGCCCGUACCCACGCUCGGAGGUACGCCUUCGCCGUCUGGGUGGGCAAUGUCCAGGUGGCUGUCGUAAUGUCCCAAGGGGUGGCGCUGGUGUUGUUUUCCCCUGGGGCUGGGCUCCCCGCUGGCGCGUCGGAGUUGUGGAGGGUCGUCGUCGGUCUACUGGUCAGGGGAGUGCAGUUUUUGGGUGGUCGUAUAUGCUGGGAGUCGUGGCUACCACCCUAG